CUAGGACGCCCCGUGGAGCUGCUGCGAUACAUAGAUAUAAAUAUAUAAAGAUAUAGAUAUAAAGACCACCAUGUAUCGUUAAAAGCUGCUGUUUGACCCGCUCAGGUUUGAUAUUCCGGGGCUCGAACCCCCGACACACCGAGGAUCAUGGCGUCCACCGCGGCAGGGAAGCAGCGGAUCCCCGAGGUGGCGAAGGUGAAGAACGAAGCUCCUGCCGAGGUGCAGAUCACCGCCGAGCAGCUGCUGAGAGAAGCCAAGGAGAGGGAGCUGGAACUUCUGCCGCCCAAGCAGGAGAUUACCGUCAAGGAGGAGCUCAACGACUCCAAGCUGAGGAAGAGGAAGGUAAACCUGCUUCCAGGCUCCGUUAUCUUGAAACAAACACCACAGUUUAGUGUCUUGACUUCACGCUGA